GAACAGGCCGUGACAAGAAGUUAUGCCACACGCCUCCUUGCCACACGCCACACUUUGAUUUUUAUGUUUUGAUUUUUGCUUGCUAUGGUUUGCUGAUUUGCAAAAAAACGCCGAGACGAAAAGUUCGCGAAUUUUUUUCCGUAGGUAGAGGUUACGAAGAGGGUAACUGCAACCAAUGUAGCAGAGCGAAUUUAUUAUGAAGAACAGGCAGAAGUUAACCAAUUUUCAACCAAAGCAUCAUGGUCAGGUCCCUCGAUCAUCACACCACCCACUGCCUAUUGUCAUUGAGGAUCUCUCCGGUUUUCCACCUAGCACUCAAACAUGGCCUUGUUAUGCAGGAAUCUUUACGGGUCACACUAUAAUUGUGCCCAAUAAAGAAGAUGCUCAAGCGCUUUAUUCAAUGGGAUCGUUUGGAAACCCGUUAACUAGGCAUUUCAACUCCAAUAAACCUCCCAUUUUGCGUCAGCGUCAGUACAACCGUCGUUUGAAAUGGUCCGAACAAUCGGCAGAUGCCCAGCCUGGGAAGAACAGCAGUGAAAGUGAUGGAGAAUUGGAAUUGUCUGAUGUGGUGUAUGACGGCGAGAACAAUGGUCAUGCUGAAAAUGGUUCAGAAUUUAACCAGGGUGCAAAACAAGUGGAUGAAAUCAAGGAUAUAGACAGCAAUGUGGACGAUGAUGUAAUAGUUGAGCAAGAAGUUAGAGUUCGUCAAGGGAGAAGCUGGUAUGCACCAUUCAUCAAUUGGAGCAUGGAGGAGCAAGAAUCGAAGAUCAAUGAAUGCAAACCAUCAAGUCCUCAAGUGAUUGACAUUGAUGACGAAAUUUCUAUUGUGAAUGGUAACGGACAAAGCAAGGAUCGUGGGAAUCACAAUUCCGGAUCUGAAGUCACUCAAGUUUGUAUCGAUGAAGACGACGAUAUUGAAAUCAUCAAUGAUGAGCCACCUGUCGUCAAGUCUUCCGAUGUUCAAGAAAAUAUGGUGGAAAGCAAAGAAAAUGAAGACCAGGAGGAUAAACCUGAAGAAAUGCAAAUAAUUCCAUUAGCAAAGGAGACGUACAUAAACAUGAGCAUAGAAGAUACAAGAGAGGUGUCCAAGGAAGAUAAAUUAUGUGACGAGGGAGACUUUGCAGUUGUGAUCAAGGACACCGAUUGUCAAGACAGCAAAGCUAAUCUCAUUAAACAUUGGGAGCCACAAAUGUCACCCUUGCCCUCCAAGAGCUGUGAUGAAUCCUUAGCUUUGAGCCUCGAAGAAGCUUUCUUCCUUUCGUGGGCCCUCUGCUGUCUUCGUAUUUCUGUGUCGAAGGUGAUAUUACACGAAUUUGAAAAUAAUACCAAGAACAGCCCUCAACCUGGACCAUCUGGACUUCAAAACAAUAAUGUGCUGAUUGACCUCACUCCAACAUUUUCUUGGGCCCUUUUCUCAUACAUUCAGCCCACCUUUCCAAUUAGAUAUGUCGUUUACCAUUAUCUAAAAUCUAAAGGAUGGGUGGUACGAUCAGGCAGCAAGCUAGGAGGAGAUUAUGUUAUCUACAAAGACAGUCCUAGUCGUUACCAUGCUUCAAGCAUUGUCCUGGUCGAAAGCGACGUUGAGAAGCUUUCGUGGCAAAGAUUGCUCACUUUAAAUAGAGUUGCUGAGGCUACAAGCAAAGAAAUUGUGAUUUGCAGAGUUUCGUGGGCCGACGAGUUUUCAAUUGAAACAUUAGACUGGUUCUCAGGGGUAAGUAUUUCAACAAGACUUUUUAAGAGAGCGGCACUGAAACCAGGGUCAGGCGCCCAUUCCAAGCAAGAUGAAUUGUCAAGUGCAGAUGACUCCGAUUGAUAAAUGCACUGCAUUUUACUCUAUAAGAGGGCAAAGGCUUUUAUUUAACAAUACAUUAUAAUGCAUUAAGCAAUAUACAAAUCAACAACUGAAAGGCGUUAUUUCUCAACAAAUAUUACUCUAACACUUUUGAACGUGCUCGCUUACAUUUUCUGUGUUCUAUACUUUUUUUCUAAACCCGUUCGACGGAAUUCACUUCGUUCAUCGAGAAAUAUUUUUGUACAUUGUUGCUUGAACUCUUCGUCUGCAUACCACCUCUCCAUACAGCUACGAAGAGCUGUAUUUUCUUUCCUACAGGAGAAAACCAUUGCCAGGCUCGAAUUACUGCAGCACUCCGUAAAUGCUAAAAGAAAAGUUUAAUUUGCGUCAGCAUUUUAUAGAAAUAUGUUUUUUUUUUUAAUAAUCACCUUUGACUUCAGCAACGCACUUCUCGGUUUUGGCUCGCUCUCUCAUAAUUUUGGGAAUGAGGACUUGCUGCUCAACUUUUCUUAAGGAUAAAUCGUCAGGAUCUCCUAAUUGUAAAUAGUGAGAUUGAAAACAAGAAUCAAUACAAACAUUAUUUUGUACUUUUCGUACGUAACUGAAAUAUUGCAUACCUAAUCCGUGGGGCCCUUUACCAGAUUCUGUUCUCUUGAAUUUAUCUAGAUUUUCGUUCGGUAUAAUCGGACUCAUCGUGUAUUGCAAGGAUAAUUUGCGAUGUUGUGUAAUUGUAACUUGUUUUUGUUGUCUUUCGUUGCGGCUUCCCAGAUGAAUGGAAGAAACCAGAAUGAAAGUUAAAGUUGUUUCUUGAAACCGCCGACGGGAGGCGACACCGUGCCAUACAGAGACAAAAAGCAAAGCUAAUUUUUAAAAACACAUCAAUCUUAAUCUACAAGUGACCAAAGCUUAAAUGUCCUAUCAUAUGAUGAAGUAACAAUGUAAUUUGAAUCUGGUGCAAUGUCAACGCACAUGAUUUUUCCAUCAUGACCAGACAGUGUCUUGAGCGGCUGCCACGUUUUAUGAGACCAAAGCUGCAAUU